AUCUCCAUUUUAGUGAAUUAUCAUCUCUUUCUCUUAUACAUUCCUUUUUUUUUCUUAUGAGUAGUCCAAAGGCCAUACAAACCUUUCUGGACCUCGAAAUAGCUCGUUGUAACGAACGAUACAAUGACAUACCCGAAUUAACCAGACGAUACAAAAAGUAUCAUCCUUAUGAAUCAGUCCUCGAAUUCACGGCCAAAAUGGAAGCCGAGUUCAUUCUCUUGUUACGGCAGGCACGUCAAGAGAAAGGCCAAGAAACUAUGCCAUCUACACCUACUUCACCCAAUCCAUCCCAGGUGGAUCUAUCCACGAACACAAACAAUAAACAAAAACGAGUUACAAGACAAUUAAACAGCAAUGUAACCAGCUCUACGAAUUUAACCACCGUCAACUCUAUCUCUUUUAAAAAACCUUCGCUCGAGACAUCCGACGCCAUUCAUCAGUUUGAUGAUCCCAGCAAUGUAGUCAUUCCCGUUCACCUCGAGGCUGCAGAGGUACAAUUGAUUUUAGUUCGCUUACUAGACGUAAUUCAACGACAAAUCAAAUCAGGCGAGUUAGAAACACCUGAUGAUUGGCAAGCUCAGUUCUCAAAAAUCAUCUUGGCAAGAAUUUAUUUUGAAACAAAGCGUUAUGAUAAAACAUUAGAAUGGUUACAACAAUUAGCCCUGAGAACGCAGGAUGUCGAAUCAGGUUAUGGGCUUGUCUUGUUAGUGCAAGCAAGAGUUUUAAAAGGUAUCUGCUAUGAAUCGCAAGAAAAUGAUGUGGAUGCCUUGGAUUCCUAUUUAGCUGCUUUGGAAGUGGCAGAGAAACACCCAGAUGAAGAGAAUAAAGCAUUGUCGUAUUGGUUAGAGGAUUGUAUUUACCGUUCUGUUCUAUUACAAUUACGUAAAAAAGGUCCUGUCAAACAAACAUUAAAGCUGAUGCGUACCUAUUUAAAUUACUGCUGCACCGUAUGGCCAUCUGAUUGGCGUAUUUAUAAACGAUGGGUCAUCUUUCGACAUUACAUUCGAUACCUGACAAGAGCCUAUCAAAAGGGUGUGUAUGUACCUGCUACACCACAAGACGAAUAUGUUGCCAGCCCCAUCAUGUCGCCUACUCGUUCCGUCUUUUCCGACACGGGCGAAACUACUUUAUUUGAACGUUCAGCGGCCGCAUUGGAUGAAAUCAUGCAACUCAUGACACAAUUUCGACACUUAUUGGCUACUUUUGCCCCACUUUUGAUCACAGUCAAUCCCAUUGACCUCAAUCAUCGCACACUUGAACUGAGCAAUUUGCUGGUAUCUGCUCAUGAGACUGUCGGCUGGGGUCCACCCGAAUACAUACAACGUACCUUGAAGUAUUUUACUCGCACACGAAAAUUCACAUUCAAUAGUUUGUGUACCACCCGUCAUAUCUUUUAUACUCUGGUCCGUGUGGAGCAAAUGGAUGAAGCUAAACGAGCUUUAUUGCAUUAUUUGGAGCUGCUGGGUUUGCCUGAUUUCUUUGACCACGAAUUCUCUGUAGAUACGUUACAGGCACGUCUCCUGGACAUUAAUCUCGGAUCAUCACUUUCUGCAGCAUCACUCAAUUUUCCGGAUAUAGAAAGGGAAGGUGAGCCUACAACAAAAAAGAAACCUCCCACUGGAUCAUGUGAAAGCGACACGGAAUUUGAUGUGGUACGGUUGGUGCUGUCUGCUACACAACAUUUAUACAUGCAGCAAGGUCAAGAAGCAGCCAUGUUGACGGAUCUUGCCGUGGCUAUAUUAAAUGAAUGCGACUUGCUAAGAAAAAAGAAGGCAUCACAAUGGAAAUCAUUAAUGACUAGAGCAAAACGAUUGGGUGGCACUGCUUAUGGCGUAUUUGCCACACAAUGUCAAGAUGAAGAGAAAAGGUCGGAAUAUCUUUCAGAAUCCCUGUUGCUAUUAAAAAGAGCUACUGAGCUCGACUCCCGUUCAUGGCAAGCAUUCUAUCAAUUGGGAUUACAGCAGGCCAUCACAGGUGAUUUGGUCUCGGCUACCAGCGCCUUGAAACGCUCAAUUAAAUUGCGCGGUGAUUUUAUUCCCAGUUGGCACUUAUUAGCAUUAAUUCAAUCUAGUCGACAAUAUAACCAUAGUCUGGCCACGUCCUUACAACUGAUUCAAGCAGGUCUUGCGUAUCAUUUAAACAUGGUGGAUAAUGAGGAUAAUGAGGAUAUUGUGGAAAAUAUUUUAUUGGAUACAGAAGAAGGCAAAGUUUUCUUUGACCGUGCCGAAGCGUACAUGAAAUUACGCAUGUCUCAAGCGGUGAUACUAGAGGAAUUGGAAGGGCCUGAAGCUGUAAUUAAAGUGUAUCCUGAUUUAUUUGACAUGUAUGCCAAGCUCUCAAAAAAGAUGCAUCUAGAAAAGACAGCAACAGUAUUCAGAAAACCUUCUUCGUUGCAUGAGACAGUGCGUUCUCGACCUCGGUCUCGAGCCAACAGUAGUGUUCAUAGCUUAUUUGAAGAAGUGUCAAGUUUGGACUCUGGGUUUGCGCUUGAAGACCACAAUGAAUCUAGACCAACGUUAAAUAAGGUAGUAGAAGAGACCAAAGAACAGGAAGAGCAGGAGGACGAAGAGGAGGAAGAGGAGGAGGAUUUUGUGCCGAAAUCAAGAAAGAAACAUCGACGUUCCUUUAAUUUAUCAAGACAGCUGAUGGACGAUCCUCUCAUGAGUUUCCCUAUCAAUAGCAAUAAAAAAAAGGAGAAGAUCAAGUCUACAACGGGUAAAAGGAGUACGUUCCUUGGAAUAAAAAGAUCAGAAUCCUCAUCGGCCUCCACCACUAAAAAAGAACUCAAAGAUGAGGUUGCUUCGUCAUCAUUAAAAGAAAUGAGUCGUCAGAAUAGUAGUAGUAACAAUACGGUUAAAUCCGCCAUACCAUCCUCUUCCAUCAUUUCUCUCACCAAUCAAGUCAAUGUCAACCUCAAAGCGUUUGAAGACCGCUGGAAAACUUUACUUGUUCAGAUCUGGGUCAUGACCAGUGCAACCUAUGCUCUUGCGCAACGUUUUGAAGACGCUCACAAGGCCAUUAUGGAAGCGGAUGUACUGACGUCCGGACUUGACGCUCAUGUUUGGCAUCAGAUUGGUAAAAAUAGCUUACACGAGGGAAAUCGGGACCGAGCCAUAGAUGCAUUUAAAAGAGCUUUAUCGAUCGAUCCUGAGCACAUAGCAACUCAUAUUUCACUUUCCUCCGUGUAUUUAAGCAUGCGCCAAUUUGAAUUGGUUGAGCAAUUACUUGAAAGAUCGACAAAAGGGCUAGGUUGGAAUGAAACUGAGUCAUGGUACAUGCUGAGCCAAGUAUAUAAACACCAAGAAAAUUUAUCCGAUGCAAAACAUUGUUUAUUAUUUGCCUUGAAAUUGAGUGAUACAAGCCCUAUUAUCUCUUUCAAUUGUUUACCUCGAUUUGUUUAAAAAAAGGAAAAUUAUAAUAAAAGGGUCCCAGCUAGACGGUAAACCUUUUUUCAUGCAAAACCUCAAUAGUUCUGAAACCAGUGCAUGACUUUGGAUGAUGGAGUC